AUGUCUCUCCUCCAAAACGAAGACUUCAUCAUCUGGCAACUCCGCACUUCCUACCUCUCCGCAAUCAAAGACGGAGUCGGAGACCGCCUGAUAACCGUAAACUCCUCCAUUCUUAACACCCCUGGCUUUCGCGCGGCAGGCUGGUCAUCCAUCGCAGGGGCCCAUGCCGCUCACAUCAAACGCACGUAUUCCCCUCCGAUCCCCACCACUACGGCCGUUGCUUCAGAAUACUUCCAAUUAAAUACGCGACGUGGUAGGGACCUCGUCGAUAUAAAUGGUGGCAGUGAUGGGCCCUAUGAUUCUGCGCCGGUGGGUCUUGGGUUUGGGAUUGUGGAUCAUGGGGGUGAAGAAGGUGGGAUGGUGCCUGGGGCGAAGGAGGGGAUGAAUGCGAUUGGUAAUCGGCAGAUUAAGAGGGGCGUGGGGAGGAAGCCGCGAAGGAAGGAAAGGCAGGACGAGCAGCGGGCGCAAGUGGAGGAUGAGGAUAGCAGUGAUCUGAGUGAUGAGAGUGAUGAGGAGGCGGAUGAUGUUCAAAGGGUGAUUCAGCAGAUUAAGUUUACGAAGAUGCCAGUGCGACGAAUGCGUGCUGGUUCAUCCCCAAUCCGAAGUCUGGAUCGUCGCCACAAUCCUGACGUUUUUGUCACGUCUCCUUCACUCAAGUCAGCCAACAAUCGGUACCGGCGGGGCUCUCUUGGAGCUGUUGAAGCGGUAAAAGCUCGAGCACGUAGAGAUACUACUACUAGCAGCGAUAUGUCAUCAGACAAUGAGGUGGACGGGACGGCUGUGGAGAGGCGCCAGAUCCAUUUUUCGACGCACGAGGAUGCGAUCGAACCAAAGGACGAUCCACCGAGUGAAAAGAUUGAUGAAGAUGAGAUGGAAGCAGGAAGCAUCGGGGACGCAGUCAACGAGCCCGAUGACGGUUCGGUUGCUGAAUCUGAUGGAUCUGUGCUUUCUUCUGAGUUCGGGGGCUCUGCGGGUUCGGGAUCGUUGCUGGAUCGCGUAGGAGCAUUGGAUUCAUCAUCGCCCAUGGUACUCAAUAAACUUCCCAUGACGCUUGAGUCGCAGGACACUUCGUUAAGGAAACACAAACGAACUACCUCCCCUGAACUAAAUAUACUUCCCCCGCCUCGCCCCAUCAGCACAGUGGAGCCCAUUAUCAGUCUUUUGUCUACUGCUCUCCGAGCACGAAAGAAGUCGCCAGUGAAUCCUCUGGAAAAAUAUGCGGUGUUAUCUGGCAGAGGAUCUACCACAACACCAUUAUACAUUAAAAUCUGCAUUCCGUCAUCCGCAGACCCGCAUGAAUUGUUGGAUAUGCCUAUUGUGCGGCAAUCGAAGGAUACACUUUACCCUGGUCCGGUUACGGUAGCAGAAACUAUUGGACUCGGUUUAUGGAUGUAUAUGGAGGAAGGCCGAAAACCACCUCUUGAAGGAGAAAUGCGCAAUGUUAACCGGUGGAAUCUCCGUAUGAUGGAAGAUGGUGAGGUUGAUUAUGAUUUCCCAUGCCUGGCGAGAUGUAGGCCGAUCAUAGACUUCACUUCUAACAACAAUCGCGCCCCCGCCGCCCGUGGGCGGUCGAGAAGCAAACCGUAUGAUGAAUUUGCACUUGUUGAGGCAACGCCAACCGAAUUUGCUGAGAAUGAGAAGCUGUAUCCCACUCCCAGUGCGGAUGCUUUUGAUGAGUCGGAAAUCACCCAGCAGAUAAUACAAGCGAACCAAAACAAUGCCAAAAACAGGUCGUUACACACGGGCAGAGUCAAUCCGAUCCUAGGCCAGCCAUUUUCAUCUGCGUUGAACGAUAGUACGCUGACACCUGCCGACCGUCCUGUCGUGACUACAUCACAAGCCACGCCACGACUGGGCGUCACAAAGACACUGAAAAUAAGAUACGCCGACCUCGAUGCAACGCAGACCACUUCAAUGAACACAUCUACAGACUGCUACAUCGCAGAGAUCCUGGACUCCGUCUGCAAAAAAUGGGGCCUAGAUAAGGGCCACUUUCUCCUCAAAGUCAUGGGCAUCAACACUAUCGCGCCCCUUGAUCGUACCGUUGAGGCACUCGGGAACAUCACAGAGCUGGACCUCGUCCGUCGGCGAUUUGGUGCAGGCCCCCUUUCCAUCACUGGGUCCCCAGUCAGCUCAUCCCCCAACGCACCGCUAAUGGUCGCCAAUGCGUCCCACGGACCCAGCAUGAAGAAAGCGAAAAAGGGUGUUGUAGGUGGCAUAACCGGCAGCGGAGUUGGCGGCAGUGGUCGCAUGCUACACCCGCUGACGCAAUCUCUGGAUCUUUUGGGAGGUUACUACCGGCGCUACAACGUAAUCCGCAAGCAGUCGAUGUCAUUUACGGCAACGAACCAGCGCGUGCUGGCGUUCGAUACGGACUAUAUGCACAUAAUGCCUGCUGAGACGGGGAAGACGCUGUUCGAGUCGAAUAGCAAGACGACGUCGAUAUCAUUUAAUGAUGUUGUUGGGUCGAAGGUUAGCAGGCGGCAUCCGAAGAGUUUUCGGGUUGUGGUGUUGAGGGGGAAUGAGGCGAGUGAGCAGAAGAGAUAUGAUUUUGAGGCGAAGAGUGCGGCGGAGGCAGCGGAGAUUGUUGAGGAGAUUAAGAAGAAUAUGUUGCAGUAUCAUGUGUGA